AUGCAGGAUCUUUCCAACGCAGCCACCCUCUCAUCUACGUUCGAUAGCGCCGCCCUCUCAUCUGCACACAACACAGCCGGUGUUCACUCUUUCAGAAUGGCAGAAUCGCAAGAAGAACGUGCUGCAAGCGAGGGUCCUCAUUUAUGCACAUCACCUAGCCGAAAUUCAUUAAUGGAGGUUGAUAUAGUUGAACCGUUAGUUUGUGUUGCCUCUGAAGUUUCUGAAAAUUUAUCAAACGAACAAGAAAACUUAGCCGCCAAUGUCGCAGAGCAUGGUCACAAGUUAAACAAGUUGUCGGAUGUUAUGGAUGUUGAAAGUGAAGAGAUGGAGCCUGGUGAUGAGUUACCAGAUCAUGGUAACCUACAAGAAGAUGAGAUACCAAGAGUUGGAAUGCGAUUUCCUCAGCUACAGAUGGCGCAUGACUUUUAUGUGUCCUAUGCAAAGAAAGCUGGAUUUGCAACUAAGAUAAGGACGACAACAUUUGACAAGAUCACAAAGGCUCCCAUUAACCAGGCUAUACACUGUAAUCGCGAUGGGAUCCGCGAGUCUCGUGUUAAAGCACCAACACGGAAGAAUACGAUUUCAGCUGCUGGGUGCAAGGCAAGGAUAUAUGUAAAGUUUGAUAAAGACGUGCAAGACUGGGUUCUGCUCAAGGCUGACUUGACGCACUCUCACCCUUGUUCACCGAAAAAGGCAGUGCACUAUCAUGAGUAUAGGCAGUUGACCAUGCAUGCGAAGUGCGUGAUCGAGGAUAAUGAUGAGGCUGGGAUUCGACCAAACAAGACAUUCCUUGCUUUGUCAAAUGAGGCUGGUGGCCCCUCUAACUUGGGAUUCUCAGAGAAGGAUUUAAGAAAUUAUAUAACAGCAAGGCUCCGAAGUAGCAACGUUAAUGCGGAUGUCAGGGAGAUGAUGAGCUACUUCAUGAGAAUGAAGGACAUCAAUCCGAACUUCUUUUACGCGGUGAAGUUGGACGAUGAGUGUAAAUUUAAGAGUGCAGUAUGGGUUGAUGCAAGGUGUAGGGCGUCGUAUGAAUACUAUGGAGACGUCAUGUCAGUUGAUAGCACGUACAGUAAAAAUAGGCAUGGAUUACCGUUUGUGUCGUUCGUUGGGGUCAACCACCAUGGUAGGUCGACCCUCCUCGGUUGUGCUUUGUUGGGGAAUGAAGAAAUCGGAAGUUAUGAGUGGGUUUUUCUCCAAUGGGUGAAGUGCAUGGGAACUGCUCCAAAGUGUAUCAUAACCGAUCAAUGUCGAUCCCUUUACCGUGCGAUCAAAAAUACUUUACCCGACACACGCCACCGGUGGUGCAUUUGGCAUAUUAUGAAUAAGCUACCUUCGAAGCUUGGGGGUUACCGCCGGUACGGAGCUUUGUAUGGUGACCUAAACGACAUUGUGUGGAACUCUCGGACGGAGGAGUCAUUUGAAGAUGAUUGGGCUGAUUUUAUAGAUGAGUACAACUUACAUAACAACACAUGGCUGUCAGAUCUAUAUGAUGACCGACGCAUGUGGGUCCCAAUAUACUUCAAGGGUGAAUUUUGGACAGGAAUGCGGAGUACGCAGAGGAGUGAGAGCAUGCACGCAUUCUACGGUGGAUACUUACACAGUAAAACUAGCUUGGUCCAAUUUGUUCAUGAAUAUGACAAUGUGCUUGGAGUCAAGGAGCAGAGGGAACUGGAGGAUGAUGCUGCAGACUCGAGGGGGGUUAUCCCUUGUGCAACUACCUCGCCUAUAGAGAAACAGUUUCAGCAAGAGUAUACCACGAGCAUUUUUAGGGAUGUUCAAAUUGAGUUUGUGAGGAAGGAUAACUGCAGAGUUUCUGCAGUUGAUGAACAGGGUCCAGUGGUCUGCGUGAAGGUGGAAGAGGAGAAACUACUCAACGAUACUAUUCUAUGCGGAUGA